GGUGCCAGCCGCUUCCCUCCCCUUCCCCUGCCCCUGCGGGCUCGGCGGUGAGGAGGCGCCCGAGCGCGGCAGCAUCUUCGCUCGGCCCGCCGGCGCGGGGGGAGGAGCCGCCGCCGCCGCCUCGGAGAAGGAAGGAUCCCCAGGUGGAUAUAUUCUCAAGUCGAUUACAGGUUUUUAGAAAGAACAACCUUGCAGAUACAGAUAUGUGGCACUCGAUAUGUACUUUUAUUAGAAGACAUGAAUUUGAAUGAAAGAAUAAACUGGCAUAAUUUGAGUCACCCAGUGUACUCCUGUGGGAUUGCUCAGAAAUAAGAUGUCUGUGUUUGCAGAGCAAACUGAAAAUGGAGUUGCAGGGGGGACACAAGCACAAAUCCAUAUGGAGGAUGAACCUCCUCCUCAAGGAGUCAGUGCCAAGGCCCUGGAGGCAACACUCUUGUCAGCCCUGAAGAUGCUGGAUGUUGGGAAAUGGCCGAUUUUUUCUCUCUGCUCCCCAGAAGAGAUCAAGUUAAUUCGCCAAGCCUGUGUAUUUGGCAGUGCUGGUAAUGAAGUGUUGUAUGCAACUGAAAAUGGUGAGGUUUUUGUGCUUGGCAUGAACUGCAGUGGCUGUUUGGGAACAGGAGACAUGCAGAGCACUAUAGAACCAAGGAGGUUAGAUUCCCUGUGUGGCAAAAAGAUAGCCUGUCUGAGUUAUGGAAGUGGCCCUCAUGUUGUUCUUGCUACAGAAGAAGGAGAAGUGUAUACGUGGGGUCAUAACGCUUACAGUCAGCUGGGCAAUGGUACAACAAAUCAUGGCUUCGUUCCCUGUCAAGUCUCUACUAACUUGGUGAACAAGAAAGUCAUUGAGGUUGCCUGUGGCUCUCACCACUCCAUGGUGUUGACCUCUGAUGGAGAGGUAUACACUUGGGGUUAUAAUAACUCUGGCCAGGUUGGAUCUGGUUCAACAGCAAAUCAGCCAAUUCCUCGAAGAGUUACCAGCUGCCUACAAAAUAAAAUAGUCGUUAAUAUAGCUUGUGGACAGAUGUGCUCUAUGGCUGUGGUGGAAAAUGGAGAGGUCUAUGUCUGGGGCUACAAUGGGAAUGGCCAGCUGGGGCUGGGCAGCAGCGGGAACCAGCCCACGCCGUGCCGGAUCGCAGCCCUGCAGGGCAUUCGUGUGCAGCGGGUUGCCUGUGGCUAUGCUCAUACAUUAGUGCUAACAGAUGAAGGUCAGAUAUAUGCCUGGGGAGCCAAUUCAUACGGCCAGUUAGGUACUGGGAAUAAAAGUAACCAGUCUUACCCUACAACAGUUAUUGUGGAUAAGGACAGGGUUGUGGAGAUCGCCGCCUGCCACUCGGCGCACACGUCGGCGGCCAAGACGCAGAGCGGCCAGGUGUACAUGUGGGGCCAGUGCCGGGGGCAGUCCGUGACCUUCCCCCACCUCACACACUUCGCCUGCACCGACGACGUGUUCGCCUGCUUCGCCACCCCCGCUGUCAUGUGGCGCCUGCUCUCCGUCGAGCCUGAUGACCAUCUAACAGUAGCCCAGUCACUAAAGAAGGAAUUUGACAACCCUGAAACUGCAGACCUGAAGUUCCUAGUGGAUGGAAAAUACAUUCAUGUUCAUAAAGUUCUUCUUAAAAUUAGUGUACAAUCUUUAUUCAUGUUUUGUAGGUGUGAACAUUUUCGCUCCGUACUCAAUAAUGAUGAUGAAAUUAUAGAAAUGAGUGAAUUUUCUUAUCCUGUUUACCGAGCCUUCCUGGAAUAUCUGUAUACAGACAACAUUAGGCUCCCUCCUGAAGAUGCAAUAGGGCUGCUAGAUUUGGCAACGCUGUAUAGAGAAAACAGACUGAAAAAGCUUUGCCAGCAAACGAUCAAACAAGGCAUUUGUGAAGAGAAUGCCAUUGCUCUCCUUUCUGCUGCUGUCAAGUACGAAGCUCAGGACUUGGAAGAAUUUUGCUUCAGAUUUUGCAUAAACCAUUUGACUGUUGUUACACAAACUCAAGGCUUUGCAGACAUGGACCAUGACCUCCUGAAAAACUUCAUUAGCAAAGCCAGCAGAGUGGGAGCAUUCCGAAACUGAGGUCUGACUACUACCAAGCUGAAGAGCACGUCCUCUUCCCUUCUGGAAAUACCUUUCCUUUGGAGAACUCCUCUGUGGUCAGAAUGUGCAAUGGUUUGGAAGGACAGUCUCGGUGUCCAUCAGCUUAGGGAGUGUGCAGAAGUCCACUAACAUGCAGGCUUUGUUGUAAGGAUGGCUACAGUGUAGGUGUGUGGUGACUGUUCAUUGCCAACAGCCAGAAUUUAACACAAAAAUCUAAUGUAGUAACUACCCUUUCCCACCCAAAGUCAAGCAAAUUAAGCUUGUCAUUAUCUAGUCUAAUAUUUUUUUUAAGCAGUCUGUGUUUGAAUUUUAUGGGACAGUGACCUCUUUGCUGCUAAAACGUUGAUAGUGUAUGUUAAUAUGCCAUAAUGGGCUUCUUUUUAUAAUCCAGUGAAGAUACAAACUUAUUUUUCUGGACAUAUGGUAAAAUACCUUAAGUUCUUUAGGAUGAGAAGCUUUCUGGUUUGUAGGAGGGUAUGUCUCACUUGUUGCUUAUUUGGGAGUUAAUUUUUGAGGUGCUUCAGCAGGGUCUUACAGUUUUGAGUUCCCAGUACUUGUCUCAUUGUUUAGCCAGAAUGAAAAGGAUCUCCCUAUCUAUUACACCACGCAUGUCCCUGGCACCCCAAUGGAAGCCCUCACCAAGUUUGUCUGGGAUGUUAAUUGUCAUGCUGAGUUUUACUACUAAAAAAACCACCUAGUUACAAACCCAAACAAGCUUUCUUCAAGUUCUGCUUGAGGCUUAUUUAUUCCUGUUUUGCUAUCUCUCCUCAGACAGAUCAACUUCAGAAAAAUGGAGGAAAAGGUGAUUUUGAAGUGGUAACUUCAAAUUAAUUAAAGAGUGAACUGACACUAUAUUCCAAAUGGUGAUAAAGGUAUCUUGUCCAAAUAUGGCAUUUCAGAUUCUCCUGUGGCCAGAGCUGUGAGGUGACCAUUCCACUUUGCUGUCAGGGCUGUUCAGGAGAGAGGAGAUGCCCUCUGGACACACCUCUCUCCUAGCACUGAUCAUCAGUGGCUAAGGUAGAGUAGAUGCUUCAUUCCUUACUGGCUGAAGUGAAUUAAGGUGAAAAACCCACCCAGUGAUGCACAGAGAGAGGUUUGCCCCAUUACAGAAGAUGUGGAGCUUAUGGAGCAUUUACUUGAAUUUUCUAACAGGUAACUGUGAAUUAACCCUGAGAAUUUCAGAUUUUGACUGAGUGAAGUGACUUCAAGUGCCUUUUGCAGUAUUUUACAAAUGGGGGAAGACAAAAAGCUGGAUGGCCAGGCUCAGUACACUAAUAUAAUUACGUAAGUAAUCAUGCAACCUUCCUGCAGGUCCCUGCUGUGCCACAGCAUCCUUCAAUGACCUUUUCUAAUCCUCAAAUGGGGUUUCUAAGAACUGAAGUCCCUUAAAUUAUCACAUCUUCAUGUCUAAGGUGGAAACAGCUGUUCUUUACUGUAUUGGAGGCUCAUUUCUCAAACAGCCCUGUUCUUUGAGGAAGAAAGGAGGAAAAAGAGGAAGAGGAGUAGUGAGUAGUACCCCCUUCACCCCAGGCCCUGUGUGUGUGACUGGAAAGGUGAAGCAUGCAGGUAGCAGAAUUUACUUAGCAAGAGGGUGAUGAGCAAGUAUUUUAGGAAAUGCUGUGGUAAAUAUUUACUUGUGUUUGAGAGAUUUGCCUCAGCCCCUCACUAGAAAUAUACUGGACUAUCUACUGCUAACAAACACAUUCUGCCAACCCCUCAGUGAUGACUGCAACUUCCUCCAGCAGCGUUAUUCUGUUCUUAGUAGCUGUGUCAGUAUUUUGUAUUCAAACAGAAGUGGUCAAAACCUUUCCAAUACAUAAUGCAGAUUCAUCAAAAACACAGCUUUGCUGGGGGAGGAGAUGAGUUUUGUUAAGUUGGUGUUGAGAAGCUUGAGAAGCACUUGACACCAGCACACAGACAGAGGUUACUGCAGACAGUGAAACAGUGUCACCGUAGGGCACAGUUUCACUGCCAGCCCUGUGUGCUGCAGCCCAGCACUGAUCAUACCAGUGUGGCACAAGGGAUUCCAUUAAGCCAAGGCUGCAUAUCCCUGGGUAAGCUUGAGAUGCCAGAUUCACCUGCCAGCACUUCCAUCAGGGUAGCAGUGCAGGGAACAAGGGUGUACCACCACAUCCCAGCCUCGGGGCAGCAGCUGGCACCAGCCCCUGUCCCACCCACCCCAAUGGCAUCACACUGGCACACAUCCAGUCUCACUGGGAAGUGGAACCAGCUGGGAACCCCCACCCUUGGUGCUGGCUUGGCAGUACUGGCUUCCAGCUUUCCUAAGGUGUGUGUUAUGAAAGGUCUCGCCACACGUGUCUGUUGUUUUACUCAGAAGAAUCAAACAAAAAACUAUAAAUGUGAAAUGAUGGGCGUUUUUUUGACUCAACAUCCGGUCAGAAACCUCUGGCUCUCUGGGGACACUACUGCAUGGAAUGGUAGCACUGGAGAGGGACACCACUCUCCUCCAUUAGCUCAAGUUCAUAACAAAGUAGUUGAACAGAGAUUGCAGCUGAAAUGGCAUGCUGCUUGGAACAAGACAUUUUUGGCUUAAUAGAACAAAGUGUUAUUUUUUUCCAAUUUACUUCCUUCCUGCUCAUUAUUUCCAGCUAACCAUACACAUUAAAGCCUACUUGCAAUUUCAGAGUAAUUGACAAAGCCUGUAAUUUUGAGAAAAAGCAUCUCUGGACUGAAUGACGGCAAGUCUAAAGAUCCAGUGUGUCAGCACUGGCUUUUAUUCUGUAUUUUGUGACCUGGAUGUCAUAGUGUUACAUUCAUAGAAACAUUUAUUUAUUUAAUUUUUUAAUUUUUGUUGCAUGUGUUCAAAGAAAAACCACCCUUACUGGCUUAGGUGGUUAAAUGUGAGUGCAUGGAUGUAAAUAUGUGCUUGAAACCCAACCAUGGGACACUGCAGAAGAAAUUAGGGAUGUGUUUUACUGUGGUGAGAUAGACUGCAACAACCUUGUGUUUGUGUAUCUUGCAGGUUAAAUACUUAAUAAAGUAUUGUUCUGUUUUAGGAUACCACAGAAAAAAGGUAUUUAUUAAAAAGUGAAAAUUUGGUCAAGCAGAAACUGUGUCUGGGGUUUAAAUAAAAAGCAAUGUUCUGCUUUCCAGAAAGGAGUCUGAAAAGAAAAAAAAAAUUACAUGGGUAGGAUCAUUUGAAGGUUCUCUUAAGUUACUGAAGCUAAAAGCCAGCACUGCCUUGUCAUCUAGUAUCCACCUGUAGAGUUCUGUUGCAAUGCUUGGUAACAAUGUAAACUGCUGCUUUUUUUUUAUGAUCUGAACACUUUCCAUGGGCUUUCCUUGUAAAACACAGCAUUUAUUUGCCCCAGAGAGGCAGUAUUCAUUGGCCAACACCCAAUGAUGUAGAAAGUUUACAGCCUGAUUUUACAGAAAUGAUUUUUUUGUUCUAUAUAAGCUUACCUGGUUUAAUAGACCAUUAAUAAAAUGCCAUAAUAUUUAAAACAGUUUGAAUGGGACUUUUUUCCUUUCUUUUCAGUAAAAAUGAAGAAGGUUUGACGCUUGUAGACUGAAUUGACUGUAUGUGGGGGAAAAAAAGGUAAAGCAGCUAAUAUUUCACAGAGGUACCUUGAAGGCUAAUUUGUGUUCUUAGGAAAUCACUGUCACCAGAUACCACAUUUGUAAGCUGGAGAAUUUCUUCAAGUGUAUUUCCACCUUUAAAAGAAAUCAAUGUCCUGGUGACUGAAUAAACUGUGAUUAAUAAAAUGGGCCUCAGAACACCAAUCAUUGUUUUUUAAGCAAAUGCAUAUUAUGACAAGCUUGUUACAUUUUGGAAUAUUUCAGCUUGUAGUCACUCCUGUUCCUGAAAAUGUGCACUUGCACAUUCCUUGUGGCUGUUCUGGUACCUGUGAGGAGCCUGCUCUUUAGUACACCCCCUCUGCACCAGCACUGCCUCAGCACAGAGUCCUUCACUUGCAAGUCCAAAGGCAGUGAAGAAGAAACAAGCUCUUGUGACAUGUAAGAACAAACAGCAUUUGGAAACAGUGCAGAGCAGGAAGAAUUUAAGGUAUAAAACAUCAAAUGAAGAGGCUGGGAGUCAGCUCAUCCAGCCUCACAUGGCUACAGGGCCAGGCUGAUAGAUUCCGUUCCCUUAAGCACCAAUGGACAGAAAUGGGCCUUUAAGGGAUACAAUUUACCUGACCUCAUCUUAGACCCAGGGCUUCAGCUUUCUACAGAAAUUGGUGCUUGGUGUUAAGCACCUAAAAUGGCCAUCACAUUUUGUGCCCAGCUUCUGCUGUGAUUCCAGAUUUUCUUUUUUCCUGGAACAGUUUCAAUAUUCCAUGCCAUUUUUAGUACAGCAAGGUCCCACUCUUAAGAAAAGUGCUGUCAAACACAGUAAUAUUUCCAUAUCUAAUAAAAAGCUCUUAGUUUCAAUAUGUAUUUAUUUGGAUAGGUACCAUAUGAAAUCACCCAAUAUAAGAAAAUCACUCACUGUAAAUCCUUUAAAAGCUAUUUUAUUUAUCUUGAAAGGCGAGAAACUGAUUAGUUGUAUAAAAUAAUAUUGUAUAUUUAUGGAAAGCCUUCAGUCUGUUUGAAUAAAAAAAAUACAUUGUCACAGUAAAGAAAGAAUCUGUUUAGAUACUGGACUCUGUAUCCUCCUUCUAGCCAAAGGACUGCUGUAACAGAUCUUAGUGUCAGUGCACCCCAAUGUUAACAUAUAUCCUGUCUGUAAAACUGCAAAAAGUGAGCAAAUAAACAUAAGGUACUCUGGAAAGUUCUGGAAAUUUUUCAGUAAGGAAGUUGAAGCCAUACUGAGUCUAAAACACCCCUCAAUAUUAUUUUUAAUUUAAUUUACAGUUUUUGCUGCUCAUAGAAUUUUUAGUAGUUCUAGGGUUAGCUUUGAAUCAACACAAGACUGGAUCUUUAGAAAACUUCCUACUCUAAAUACUCUAGGAUCAGCUAAACAAUCUGUAAAUAAGCUCCCUGGAAGACAUUGGUUUACAAUGUUUGUGUCAUUAAUAGCAUGCUUUUUUACUGUACCUGUUCUUAAUUUAAGAAGCUGCAAAAGCUAAAAUUAAUAAAAACUGGUAAUUUUAAAGCAGGAAAUUGAUUUGCUUAUAUUUUAAUCCACUGGAAAUAAAAUAUGUGCUUUUGUUAAUUGGCUAUUUUAAAGAAAACUUUCUUGUUGCAAGAAAAGUUCCAGAAUCUGAAUCAGUAGCUUACAAAUACAAAAUAUGAAAAAAGUAUUAGAUGGUUUUGUUUGGGUUUUUUUGCUAGUUGCAACCAUUCACAAGUUGCCCAAUAAACUGCCUUUUCAGUAAAGGCAGAUGGAUUUUCCCAACGUGGGUUCACCACGUUCAGGUUUUUGCAGAUGCAAAAGUAAGGCAAAUAGGGGAUGCCCUGUGCUUUUAGAGACCAGGCUGCUCUUACCUGGAACCCAGCUGGAGACACUCAGCUUCCAGCUGUUUCUCAAGCUGUUUGGCUCAGCUAUAAUCAGGUGAAAAUUUGAAGAAAUCAAGAAAAUUUUGCAUCAUUAGAAUUUUGAAAUCUUGUGUGUACCAGGCAGGUAUGGUUUAGGUUUGUUGGGUUUUUUGGUGGUUUUUGUUGUUGUUGUUGUUUUUGUUGGGGUUUUUUUUGUUUUUUCUUUUCAUACUUGAGACUUUCCAAGACAAGAAAGGGCACAUCAGUUACUCUGCAUCUGGGAAGAAGCUUCAGCUUCUGGGAAGAUGCAGUGUGAGAUUCUGGGAUGAAUCUCUAUGGGAUUCAUACUCCAUGAAAUUCAAACUGAGGGACAGUGUAACUGCCUUCAAAAAUGACACUGGGGUGGGAGCUGGGGAAGCAAAACUACAAAAUGCCAAGUGUUGAUUUCAGUAGUAAGGCUAUGAAAUGAGUUCACUUUGAAUUCAGGUUGUAUUCCUGAGGUGAGGCCCCUUCUCUGCAAGGCCCCCAGCUGCUGUCCCAUUUAAUUUAAUGGGAAUUUGAUGUGCUAAUUAUGAACAGA